CGUUGCGGGCGCUCGGCGUAGGGGGAGGCGGGUAGCAGCAUCCUCCCGGGCGCCGCUUUCGCGCGGCGGCGGCGGGGCUUUCUCUGCCUCGGCACCGAGUUGGCCAGAAGCGGCUGGUGCCGGGGGCGGGGCGGGCAGGGAGCGCUGCGGCCCCGGGCUCCUUUCUCUCGAGCUGUGUGUCCUGGGUCUUUCGGGCCAGUCGGAGGCUGCGGAUCGGCGCGGGUUGCCUGAGCUGCCCGCCCGGGCAUCCUCGCGGUGAUGGAAGCAGCUGCCGCCGCCGCUGCGGGGUCGCGCUGCUCCCCAUCCACCGCCGCCCCGGAGAUGGGAAGGUUCGCCGCGCGGAGGCCGAAAGCGAGAGAGGCAGAGCCGCUUUGCCGGGAGCUGGGUCCCGUGUAAGCCGUCCCCCUCCGUCGCCCCCAGCUGGCUUCGUCCCUCGGAGCGAGGAAGGAAGCUGCGGUCCCGGGAGAGCCGGGGAGACAUAGCUGGAGCCGGGACGCGCCGGGCUCGGUGGAGAGCGGAGCAGGGCUCUGGGCCCGGGGAAAGUUUUCCUUCCAGAGCCGCAGGACGCCCGCUGCCCGGAAACUCUGCCCAGGGAUACGCGGGGACCUCCAGCGGAAGAGAGCGAGAGAAAUCGAGGAACGAGUGACAGCCGGACAGUCCGCCAGGACCGCCUCGGGGCGCGCCCUCGGCUCCAGGUCCCUCCCGGAGCCGCUGCCAUGGGAGAGCCAGCCCUGGGCUCCGGGGACCAGCCGCCGCUGCUGCCGCGCCCGCCUCGGAGCCGCGGCCCGAGUCCCGGCGCCCGCAGCCAGUCCGCUGCGUCCCCUUCCCGGGCUGCAGGGCCGCCUCCGCCGCGCCGCCGGCCCGGGUUGUGCCUGUGAUGAGCCGCAGUCCGCCGCGAGCUCUGCCCCCGGGCGCGCUCCCCCGGCUGCUCCAGACUGCGCCUGCCGCCGCGCCGCGCGCCCUGCUCCCGCCCUGGCCCCGGCGCCCGGGACGCCGCUGGCCCGCGUCACCUCUCGGAAUGAAGGUGUUCCGCAGGAAGGCGCUAGUGCUGUGCGCGGGCUAUGCGCUGCUGCUGGUGCUCACCAUGCUCAACCUCCUGGACUACAAGUGGCACAAGGAGCCGCUGCAGCAGUGCAACCCCGACGGGCCGCUGGGUGCCGCAGCGGGGGUCUCCGGGGGCGGCUGGGGGCGCCCGGGGCCGCCUCCGGCCGCGCCGCCCCGCGCUCACACCCACUUGGACCCUCGCACCCCUUACCGUCCUCCCGCUGCCGCCGUCGGGGCGGCUCCCGCAGCUGCGGCAGGGGUGUCAGGGGCCGCGGCCUCUCCGGGCAACGGCACUCGGGGCACCGGGGGCAGCAGGGAAAAGCGGCAGCUGGUGUACGUGUUCACCACGUGGCGCUCGGGCUCGUCGUUCUUUGGCGAGCUCUUCAACCAGAAUCCCGAGGUGUUCUUCCUCUAUGAGCCAGUGUGGCACGUGUGGCAAAAACUGUACCCAGGGGACGCCGUUUCCCUGCAGGGGGCAGCGCGGGAUAUGCUGAGCGCUCUCUACCGCUGCGACCUCUCGGUCUUCCAGCUGUACAGCCCCGCGGGCAGCGGGGGGCGCAACCUCACCACGCUGGGCAUCUUUGGUGCCGCCACCAACAAAGUGGUGUGCUCAUCGCCUCUAUGCCCCGCCUACCGCAAGGAGGUCGUGGGGCUGGUGGACGACCGCGUGUGCAAGAAGUGCCCGCCGCAGCGCCUGGCGCGUUUCGAGGAAGAGUGCCGCAAGUACCGCACGCUGGUCAUCAAGGGUGUGCGCGUCUUCGACGUGGCAGUGUUGGCGCCGCUGUUGCGAGACCCAGCCUUGGACCUCAAGGUCAUCCACCUAGUGCGUGAUCCCCGUGCGGUGGCCAGCUCACGCAUCCGCUCGCGCCACGGCCUCAUUCGCGAGAGCCUCCAGGUGGUGCGCAGCCGGGACCCGCGCGCCCACCGCAUGCCCUUCCUGGAGGCCGCUGGCCACAAGCUAGGCGCCAAGAAGGAGGGCAUGGGCGGCCCAGCGGACUACCACGCGCUCGGCGCUAUGGAGGUCAUCUGCAACAGCAUGGCCAAGACUCUGCAGACGGCCCUGCAGCCCCCGGACUGGCUGCAGGGCCACUACCUGGUGGUGCGGUACGAGGACCUGGUGGGAGACCCGGUCAAGACACUACGGAGGGUGUACGACUUUGUGGGACUGUUGGUGAGCCCUGAAAUGGAGCAGUUUGCCCUGAACAUGACCAGUGGCUCGGGCUCUUCCUCCAAGCCUUUUGUGGUGUCUGCACGCAACGCCACGCAGGCCGCCAACGCCUGGCGGACCGCCCUCACCUUCCAGCAGAUCAAACAGGUGGAGGAGUUUUGCUACCAGCCCAUGGCCGUGCUGGGCUACGAGCGGGUCAACAGCCCCGAGGAGGUCAAAGACCUCAGCAAGACCCUGCUUCGGAAGCCCCGGCUCUGAGAGGGGGGCCGGGAGACUUGAUGCCCUGUGGAGAUAAGCACGAAGGAUUGUGGUGUGUUUAAGCAAACACAGCCUAGACCCAAACUGAGGAAGCCCACAUAUUCUAUUAUAGAUAUAUAAUAUAAAUAACACACAGGCACUUGCUGUCAAUGUUUUGAGUCAGUGAAUUUUAAGGAACAGCCAACGCACAUACACACACACACCCUCAGAAAAGGCAAGACUCGAAAGUUCUGACCAGGUGCCCCUCCUCUCCUCUCUCCUACCUUUUCUCCCUUCCCCUUUCUCCUAUUUCUUUCCCUGCCCCCCACCUGCCUUCCAUUUUGAAGUGGGAUGUUCAUGAAAUCAAGGUCCAGUAACCCAAAUCUUGUUUACAACGUUUUCGUGGUGAUCUGUGAAUGUGUAAGAGUAAUUUGGAUGUGGGGGUGGGGGUGGAGAAAGGGGAAGUGGUCCAGGAACAGAAAGCCCCACUGGGCAUGGUAAACGGAGGAGGCAUUCUUCUAAAGUAGACUUUUGUGUAAAAAGCAAAGGUUACAUGUGAGUAUUAAUAAAGAAGAUAAUAAAUAAUAUUCUUUUUUUA